UGACUCAUAACCAAAUAAGCAAGGAAUACAUUGUAAUGGAUUUAUAAUUGCAUUUUAUCUUACGCUUACAUUAUUAAAUAGUAAAAAUAGAAUUGUAAUCUAUUAUUAAAACAUCGUGCUGCUACUCCUAACUGCUUUAAGAUGCUAGUUUCGCAGACCUGUUCUACGUGCAGUUACAGGGCGAUGCCUGCGCUGAUUACAGGACAGUUACUCUGAAUUAAAGGGGAUGCGAGGCUGGAAGCUGGGUGCACAGAGGCUGGAUGGAUCUGAUCAUAUGUGGGGCUUCGGGGAGGAGCACUCCCUCAAAAGCGAGCAGCACCGUCGUGCAAUGUAGCAGUCCAGCCUGAGCGGCGACCAAGCAGCAUUAGAGAUUCAAGGAACUGCAACUACAGGAAGAGGCGCUAGGAGGCCCGAGCAAAGCAGGUAGGAUGCUAUACACUGUGCAACAUGUGUAUCGAAACACAGAUCUUUAUCUUCUCGUCGGUAUGUGUUGGGUUUCAUGUCUUUAAUUGCGGCAUUGAUGUAUGGAUCUUUAACAGGAUGGUAGCCUACAGCCGGAUUGGUUUUAAUGCUCCUGACAUUCAACUUUUUUUAUCAGUCUUGCUUAGAGAUAGAGAAAUACACUGUGAAUAUGAAUUAUAGGAGACAUAGAUCUCUGAAUUCUCCUUUGCAGUGUAAGACUCGAGGCAUACAUUCACACAAAAAGUUUUAUUUGGUGGAUCAAUAGACAUGAGCUGGGAGACUACGUGUUUAUGGUAUGCUGAUGUCAGUUACACACAGCAUUUAUCAGGGUAUUAAUCAGUAGCAUCACGUGACAUACAGAGACUAACAGACAAGUUGUCAGAUAAGCCUAACAUUAUUUCUGAAUUGUACAGUAUGUACCCAGCACACAGACUGUGUAUGCUUGCUUUCUCUGCUUUAAUCCCAAUUUAAUAAUUCAGUUGUCAGUUUCUAAUAGCAAGAGCUUUGACUGAAAAUGAGAGUGCUUAAUUACAGGAUUUGCACUGAUUUGUUGCCCCACCCAGUAGCCUCAUAUGGAACAUGGUGUUUAACACUGUCUGUGGGGCCACUGUGCUACACCCCAAAAGUAAACUUCAAAUCCAGCUGUGCUGCACACACCACAUGUGAGAGACUGCUGUCCUGUAAUAACUGGGAUGCAUGGGAGACACCCAGUCCUGACCCUGGCAUUACUGCCAGAAUCUACCCUGCAUGUGGUUAAGGCAACCAGAGACAUAAGGGUGGCUCCAUGCUCAGUGUGACCAUAUUGGCUUGUAUGCUAUAAAAGUGGAUAUCUUUUUAGAAACUAAACAACAUUUAUUAUUUCUGUCAGCACAGAAUGUGCAUUUGUGUGUUUUGAUUUACGCAACACAGUCAACUAGUGUUAUAGUCAUGGUAUCCAGUACAGCAAGUGAAUAUCAUUCUGGUAUUACGAAAGGUUUCAAACAUCUGCUCUCUGUAGUUCACUUUAUUUGUUUCCUGGUGAAUGAAUAUGCAGUAUUGUUAGUUACUGCUACUAUGAUGUCAACUAAGCAUACUUUCUACUACUGUAACCAUCUACUACUACUACUAAUCAGUGGUAGAAACUAAGGACAUUUACUCAACUUUGGCAUACUUGUACUUUACUUAUUUUCAUUCCAUGCUACUUUAUACUACUGUUACGCUACAUUUUGGAGGGAAACAUUGUACUACUUACUGCAGUACAUUUAGUUGACAGCUAUAAUGUGGAGGUUAAGAGUUUAGGUAAAAAACAUAUGAUGAGUAUAUAUAAUAUGAUGCAUUGUCUUAUAUUAAACUAAUUUACUGUUAGAAUUUACUCCACCUGAACCAGCUACAACAGAGACAUUAGUGCAUCAGUAUCAACAAUCUAAUUAUAUGAUACAUAAUGAUAUAACACGAUGAUUUUUAUGCAUAAAGAAUUUUUUCACCUUUUUGACUUUAAGAACAUUCUGUUUAACUGUACCUUUUAUAAGUAGACUAUUACUGAAGUAAAUAAUCUGAACUUCCUCCACCAAUUAUAUGACUGAGAGCUAUUUUUAAAAAGCAUGUCUCACAAAGCACAAAGACAUUUAUUUUUAUCACAAAGCCAUUCACAAACAUUCUGACAAUCUGUUUCUGAACUGAAACAAAAUGUGGUAAAACAAAACUAAAACACAAACAUGAUGUUCUGCUGAACAUGCCGUUUCCAUGCUUGAUUUACAGCCAUUGCAUUUUAUAACAUAUGGAGUCCACUCCUCUCUGUAGUGCCUAAAGGGGCUGGGCCACCUCUGGUGUGUUUUAACCCUCCCUUUGAUGAAGACAAUCCACAUGAUGUAAAGAAGAAAAUGAGUGGACAGCAAUAGUAGCAUGUUAUUAUGAAGGUCCCGAAAUGGAGUCAAAGCCUUGCUUCCCCUGGAGUAAAAUACAGUCUUCAAGGCAACUGGGUGGCUUUUCUUGAAAUAGCUUGUGCGAGUGGAAGCAGCCAAGUUAUCCAUUAUGGCCUGUGACCACGUGGAAUAGGUUUUUCUGCCAGUUUUCCAUCACCACCCAUCCUUUUAGAGUGCUGGGUGCUCCGGCUGGUGGGAAAACACAGUGUACGUACACUGGGGAGGAGAGGACUGGUGGAAAACUGGUCUGAGACACUGAUCUCCCAUGUACAGUAGUGCAGCCUCACAGUGAACACUGGAAAAUACAAAUAUUGACUACCACACUGAUCUGUCACAGAGUAUGACAAUACAUGACAACAUAAACUAUUGCAGGUUGUUCAAAAGAAAAACACACAAAGUAUUGUGCCUCUCCAACAAUUUUAGACAGUAAAGUCAAUAAUUACAACAACUAUGCCCUAUAAGAUAAAAAUCAGAACAUACAGACUGUGAGAAACUACCCUCUCCAGUCAAAAUAUGACAUUUUAAAAUGAAUGAAAUACUCAAAACAACUUAAAAUAUCCUUUUGUUUUCCUUACAAGUGACCUCAUGUAGCUGUGUGAAUAAUAACUGCUUUAUAUCUCCACUUCUAUUGUUAACUAUGACCACAAUCUUUUUGUAACCUUAACCUUUGAAAGACUUUGAAAAGAGUAUUUCGACAAAAGCAUCCCAACUCAAAAGUCUGCUUACUAGCUUUUUCUGGAACUUUCAACAUAAUGCAAUCUUGAGUUGGGACUGUUCAUAUUUAAUCACGUCGUUUUCUUUUCUUAACGCUGACAGUAAUAUUUCCCUAACCAUAAACUAAGUAGUUUUACUUUCCUAACAUUUCCCAAACCUUAAAAAACUUCAUGUCAGACGUAACAGCGGUGUUUCUUUGCCCUCUCUACUUGAAGCCGUCUGGAGUUAAUGUAAAUCAAGUUUUAUUGUCACACAGCACAUAGUGAAACAUAGCCUCUGCAUUUAAUCCAUAUUAGCAGUGGGCAGUUACUGUACAAUGCCCAGGAAGUAGUUUGCGCGUUUUGUGCCUUGCCCAAGGGUACCCUAGCUGUGACGAGGCGAACUGGUCUGUUGCAGGGACUUGGUCAAUCAUCCGGUUUCCAAGCCAAGCCCCCACAGACUGAGCUACUGCCACCCUCACUACUGCCGCGUGUUGCACCCCUCACUACACCCAGCAUCAACACCACUGUGAGUCGCUGAUGUCAUGCGCUGUCACAGUGUCUCAUUAAUCACAGUCUAUGGAGCAGCAGCAGGAUUUGUUUCUAGAUGACACUGUCACCACAGUCGGUCUCUCUGAUGUUUAUCUUGAGAACAGACAUCUUGAAAUUAUUUUUUAACUGAGCUGGUUAUUUAGAGAAGUAAAAAAAAAAAAAGGUAUAUUCCAAAAAACAAUUGGACACACUUUGGUACAUCAGAAACAAAGUGACUACAUGAAAACAUAAAUGUUCUUGACGUAUAGGUUCACAACUUACAGUAUAAUCAACCACAUAGCAACAUAAUCUCACUAAUAACAGAAGGGACAUGGCAUUGUAAUUGGCUCAUAUUGUUUGUCUGCUCUUGUUGAUCUUAUUUGCCGUCUUAGUCUCAUUUAUAUACUUUAUGACCCCUUUAAUUCCCUCAAAGUCUGUCAGACUUCAUGUUCUGUAGCCAGCCAUCAGUUGCACAACAGAGGUUGAAUCUGCGGUGGGUUAGUCAGAGGGCAUCCUACAAUAAUCCUUUCUCCGCUGUAAUAAUAUUUUCCCAAAAAUUGAUUCUUAGGAAACUGAUACUUUCAGCGGCUCUCUCACCGUAUUUAUCUCCUCUUUUUUCCCAGUGCCAGGUUUGCCUCCAGGUAAACAUACCAUUCUGUAUGUAUCCCAGAUGACAUUUAUUGUGAUGCAUUUCAGGGCUGAUAGCAUAAUCCUCAAAUCCAUUAACGGAGCUGUUAAAGGGACUAGAAGGCUUUUAGACAUGAAAGAAGGAAAAUGGUCAUUGCUGUAGUGCUCUCUCAGGUCAUUAACUGAGAAGAGCUCAACAACAAACAUUGUAGUAGCACGUCUCCAACUUUGUCUUCUGAGUGUCAUUAAAAUACAUUUAACUCUGGCUCCCAACAAUCCACCAUAUUAUUGUGGACAUAACAGCCUCACCACUAGGUCCAUUUAGUAGCUGGAGCUUUGAAUCGAAUCACACUGGCUUCCUCAGCAGAUGGAGUUUGCCUUGUUGUCAUGGACUUUUAAGCCACCCUGGGCAAGUAGUCCUUGAGAUGUGCAUAAAAAAAUAGACACAUGGCGCAAUGCGAUCAAAAGCUCCAGAACAGCUGAAUUGAACAUGGUGAUGGUGAGAUUGUUUUGUAAACUACUGUUUCUAAGGUCAAUAAUACACUUUUAAUGUCAACAAGUUUAGUUUAAUUUAGUUUUAGUUAGUUUAGCAUUCAUAUAGCUUAACACUUUUAUAAUGAGCAUGCAACUGACGAUGAUUGACCAUGAAAACUGCUGAAGUGACGAUAGCAGCUGCUUGUUGAGGAUAAAGUCUGAAAAUGAAAGCAGUGUGGCGGAAAGACUUGGAAAGGCCCAAAAUAAAAGUCUGACUCAACCUCCAAACAGAAAACUGUCACAGUGGUUCUGGUGAAUGUCCAGGGGAAGGAAAAUGUAACACACAAUGUUAACUCAUACAACCACAUUGGUAUAGUUGGCUGCUAUAAACUCCAAAAUAUUUUUCCAGUCUAAAAUGGACAUUUCAGCCCGUGGAAUCAAGAACUGUGCAUCAAUAAAAGCUUUGCUAAUCCCUAGGAUAAGGAAGAGGGAAACAAAAGUAAACCAGAGUUCAUCUCCUCCCUGUUUCUCAUCAGUUUGAUUUGACAUCAUUGCAACAAGGAGUACCUGCUUACCUUCCAUCUUGUUCAAAUGACAAGAGCGUGCUUGUGCUUUCCAAACCGAAGAGUUUGUCAGUUUUUAAACCGUUAGUUUUCUCUCAUUGCAGCUAAUAAGCCUCAACCCAGUGGAGCGGUGCCUGUGGAUGGACAGUGCAGGCACCAAUGGCGUCACAGGAGCUUGUGGAUGCGAGAGCCACCGAUAAUCUGAACCCAGGAAUGGAGGAUGGUGCCGCGCCCAGCAACGGUAAAAACUGUCCUGUCCACACGCCUGGUGGAGAGGAUACAAAGAGGGGCUUUCGGAAAGGCAUAGGGAGGCAUAAUGACUAUGUCAAGAUUUCCGUGCCAGAGUCCAAGGUCAAUCGUCUGCCCAUGGAGUGGUGGAAGACAGCGCUGGCCUUCUUUUAUGCUGGCUUUAACUUGGUCCUGACGACAGUCGUCAUCACCAUUGUCCACGAGAGGGUGCCGCCGAAAGAAAGCAGCCCGCCUCUUCCUGAUAAGUUUUUUGACUAUAUUGACAGGGUCAAAUGGGCAUUUACGGUGACAGAGGUCAACGGCAUGGUGCUGCUGGUCAUUUGGAUGAUCCAGUUGUUCUUCUUCAGAUACAGAUCAAUAGCAAGCAGGCGGUUCUUCUUCCUCAUUGGCACCCUGUACUUGUACCGCUGUGUCACCAUGUACAUCACCACCCUGCCUGUGCCUGGCAUGCAUAUGACUUGUGCUCCUAAGCUUCACGGAGACUCACAGGCAAAAAUCCAGCGAAUUCUGCAGCUGAUUUCCGGUGGAGGUCUGUCCAUUACAAACUCCCACCUCUUGUGUGGAGACUUCCUCUACAGUGGACACACUGUGAUGCUCACCCUCACCUACCUAUUCAUCAAGGAAUACUCGCCACGGUCGUUUUGGUGGUACCAUCUGAUAUGCUGGCUGCUGAGCGCCGUGGGUGUGGUGUGCAUCUUGGUGGCACAUGAGCACUACAGUGUGGAUGUGGUCGUGGCCUAUUUCAUCACCUCCCGCCUGUUCUGGUGGUACCACACCAUGGCCAACUUACAGACUCUGAAAUGCUCGCUGAACAACUACCUCACCAACACCUGGUGGAACCCACUGUUCAACUUGAUGGAGAGGAACGUCCAAACCUCGGUGCCGUGCUCUUACAGUUGGCCCAUCACCUGGCCUCCAGCCUGCCUUAAGAACCCCUGCAAGAAGUACUCCAUAGUACAGAGCACACGAGAGGAAUGAUAUGACCCCGAUGCCCCCCUGUCCAUGAACCGCAACAUAGUGAUACCAAAUGCAUAGCUAUGAAAGAAAUAUCUCUGCAAAAAUGAAGGAUAAUCAUCUCGUCUAUGUGUGUUCUUUGUAGAUGUAAUUUAUUUAUGAGAUAAACUCCUGCAAAGUCCUCAUUGUUUUUGUCACUCAGCUUCUACGAACAAUUUGUUGCAACAGACUGGCAGGUUUGUUACAGGUUUGCAAGACUUGAUUUUGGAUAUGCUACUGUAACUUUUUCAUACUGCGUGUGUUGACGGGGUUUACCUCAAUAUGAUAACAAUGUCCUCAAGUCACAAGGUGCCUUAGUGUGUUAAAGGUCAGUAGGUGUACCACAACUGCCAUGAGUCUUGAUAUAUUUUAGUUUUUUCAUUUUAUUAUUAUUAUUAUUAUUAUUCAUUUUGUAUUCAUUUUAGUAGCCUUAAGUGUGUAUAUCCACAGCUGUAGUCUAAACAUUGUAAUGUAUUAAAGUUGAACUAUA